CGACAUACCGAACAGAAACUUAAUCUAACCCUCCCACCUGGAACAGUUUCCUCACAUCCUGACGCCGGUAGGCACGUUACUCUUCCUUCCCUUACACUCGUUAUACAUGAUCUAAAGAUCAUACUUUUUUUUCCUGGCACAAACCCUCAGACACAAGCGCAUUCGUUGCGCUGCAAUCACUCACCUCCUUACGGUGAUCCCCACACACGACCUCCACCAUGCGAAUUUCAUGGCUAUUACCGCUCAUAACUCUUGCAUCGCCAAUCCUGGUGAAGGCGGCGUCGGCGGCAACCGAAGAUGAAGAUGCGCCCAAGUCCACGAAGUUCAACGACAUAGAGGUGCCACCCAUCAAGGAGAUACAAGCAGCAGCGUCGAUAGAUGAAGACAUUAAGAAUGGCUAUUGGUUGGUUGAGUUCUUCUCGCCCUAUUGCCACCAUUGCAAGCAACAGGCGCCGAUAUGGCAGACUAUGUACGAAUACUACUACACUCUGGACCCUCUUGCUACGUCAAAGUCGAAACCUACAACAGAUGACGAUACGAAAGACCUCAACUCGUUCACCCGCUACUACAACUUCCACUUCGCCAAAGUCGACUGCGUGGCAUUCGGAACGUCGUGUUCAGAAAAGAAGAUCGACAGUUUCCCCACGAUCAUCCUAUUCAAGGACGGCGUUGAGGUCAAGAGAGAAGUUGGCACACAGUCACUCAAGGAACUGAGCCAGUGGAUUGAGGAAACGCUUGAGAGCAUACGACCCGGCUCGAGACCUGCGGACGGACCCAAGCUGCCCAAAGUUGGUGCGCACUCCGUUGAGCCGGCAGCCAAGCUCGAGAAGAGUGAGCAAAAGGAUAAGGAUCCCGAAGCGGGCAGGAAGGCUGGAGAGAAGCACAAUGCUGCUGCUGCGGCCGAAGCUGCCGCUUCAGCGUCUGAGCCAGAAUCCACCACCGAGACAGCAGCGGUCAAAAAGCCCGUACGUGUUCCGAAUCCAAACGGCAGGUCUGUCCCUCUGACCGCGGAGUCAUUCCAACGUCUGGUCACCACGACCCGCGACCCGUGGUUCGUCAAAUUUUACUCUCCCGUCUGCAGUCACUGCAUAGCCAUGGCUCCCAACUGGGCUUCCAUGGCGCGGGAAAUGCAGGGCGUGAUCAACGUUGGAGAGGUUGACUGCAUGACGGAAAAGCGACUGUGCAAGGACGCGAAAAUCAAAGGCUAUCCCACCAUGUUGUUUUUCCGUGGCGGAGAGCGUGUCGAAUACGACGGUCUUCGCGGCGUCGGCGAUCUCACGUCAUUCGCGAGGAAGGCUUCAGAAGUCGGAGCGGGCGUACAGAGAGUUUCUGCCGAGCAGUUUGAGAAGCUCGAGAAGACGGAGGAGGUUAUAUUUGUCUACUUCUACGACCACGCGACCGUUACCGAGGACUUCGAGGCUCUUGAGCGACUGACCCUUUCACUCGUCGGCCACGCGAAGCUGGUGAAGACCAACGAUCCAGAGCUUUACAAGCGCUUCAAGAUCUCCACAUGGCCACGUCUCAUGGUCUCACGCUCAGGCAAGCCCUCUUAUUAUGCGCCAUUGGCCCCGAAGGACAUGCGCGACACCCGCAAGGUCCUUACCUGGAUGAAAUCUGUGUGGCAUCCGCUCGUCCCUGAGCUUACAGCCCAGAAUGCUCACGAAAUCAUGACCAACAAACACGUUGUCCUCGGUAUCUUGAGCAAGGAGCGUGAAUCGGAAUUCAACGCUGCAAAGAAGGAACUGAAGAACGCGGCGCUGGAGUGGAUCGAUCGUGAGCAGAACGCGAUCAAGCUCCAGAGACAGGAGUUGAGAGACGCGAAGCAGCUGAGAAUCGAAGAAGCGGAGGACAGGAACGACGCAAAGGCGCUCAGGGCGGCGAAGGCCAUUAGGAUCAAGAUGGAAGACAUUGAACGGAAAGACGUUCGGUUCAUGUGGGUGGACGGCAUGUUCUGGGAGAGGUGGAUCAAGACGACGUUCGGUGUCGAUGUUCGUACUGAUGGCGAGCGGGUCAUCAUCUACGACGAAGGAAGCCGCCGGUACUGGGAUCAGACGUCGACGGGGAACCCCAUUGUGCCCUCGCGCACGUCGAUUCUGGAAACGCUUCCGAAAACGCUGAAGAAUCCGCCUACUUUGCCGCCAAAGAGCACGCACAGCAACAUCUUCUGGUUCUUCUGGAAGCUGAAGAACACCUGGAGCAGGCAUCCGUACCUGUCCUUCCUCGGACUCAUCAGCAUGAGUGGGGUGGCCGUGGUGCUGGGACGCAGGGCACGCAGACGCAGCGGUUCUAACGGCGGCAGCAUCUGGCUGGACGAAAAGGGCAAUGCGUUUGGUGGAAUUCUGGGAGUAGGUCACGACGUUGGCGGAGGAAAGACAGACUAAGAGGGAAGAACGGCCCACUGUUGCUGUACGAUUUAACGGAGUUAAGCUCCCGAAGGGCUCGCUGCAUGAGAAAAAGGCGUCUUUGGGGACAGGUUUUUGGUUUGCGUGUAAUGUAUUUCCAUGCGUUUGGCGUGUACAGUCGUGGCGAACUAUGUAAAGGCUUGAGAGAAUUGCAUGCCGAACUUCCUUCCUUCA